AUGUAUGCGUGUUGUGUGGGGACGGGUAUGUCGUCUAUGUCUAAACCUAGACUCUGGGCGGUAAAUCCUGAUGAGUAUAAGGCAGUGGCCACACAGGGUCGUAAUUUUGCGGGCAAAGUGGCCAUGGUCACCGGAUCGAGUUCGGGCAUUGGCUCUGGUAUUGUUAAGCUUAUGUCCGCAUUGGGCGCCCACGUCGUGGUCACCGGUAGGGAUGUGUCGCGGAUUCAUAGCGUGGCCGAAGAGUGUCAACAAUUAUCGCCUAAAAAGCUAAAGCCGUUGGAAGUUGUGGCAGAUUUAGUUAAACAAGAUGAUAUAAAAAACUUGAUCACCACCACAAUCACCACGUUUGGCCGGCUGGAUGUGUUGGUCAACUGUCCGGCACUGUUUCCCUUUACAGACAUAUGGGAUCCCAAUCUAAUCACACACUUUAACGAUGCCAUUGCGCUGAACGUGAGGGCUGUACUCGAGCUGACACAACUGGCCGUUCCGCACCUGGAGGCCAGCAAAGGCACAAUUAUUAACCUGUCAUCACUCGCCGGCAUAGAACCA